CAUGGCAAACGUCUCAGAAUGGACGGAGGAGAGCAACAUCUCGCUGGACUCUGACUUUGAGCUUUGUGCCACAUCCCGAAACUCCGCUUCACGAGUUGCCCUCUACGUCUUUAUCAUCGCUGGGAUUAUCUGCACCAUUGUCGGCAACUCCCUGGUGGUGCUUUCCAUUGCUUAUUUCAAACAGCUGCAGUCUCCAACCUACUCGUUUGUCAUGUCUCUGGCGGUCGCUGACUUUCUUGUGGGGUUGGUUGUUAUGCCCUACAGCAUGGUAAGGACCGUGGAAGGAUGCUGGUAUUUUGGCCCCACCUUCUGCCACCUUCACUCCAGCUUGGACGUGAUGCUGUGCACGGCCUCCAUCUUUCAUCUGAGCUGCAUCGCCUUUGACCGCUAUUAUGCCGUCUGCAACCCUCUGAUAUACUCCUGUAAGAUGUCCCGCAAACGCGUGGCUCUGCUUAUUGUGGUGUGCUGGGCCGUUCCUUUUCUGAUCUCCUUUGGCCCUAUUUUUCUGGGGCUGCACAAGCUUGGCGUAGACGUUCCUUUGCCGGAGAACGUGUGCAUCUUCUUGGUAAACCGUGUUUAUGCUGUCAUGGCAUCUUUGGUAGCUUUUUACCUGCCUAUGGCAACUAUGCUGGUGGCCUAUUGGAAGAUCUACAAAGCAGCAAAGCGACAGGCUAUGCAGAUAAACGCCAUGGAGGCGCAGAUGGCCACAGGUGUUGGCAAGGACUCCAGUAAGAAGCAGAGACAUCGUAACUCCAUAAGGAGAGAAAGGAAGGCGGCAAAAACUCUGGGCAUCAUCAUGGGGAUAUUUCUUCUUUUUUGGCUGCCCUUCUUUACUGUUAAUAUAGUUGACCCUUUUAUUGAGUAUGGGACUGCUGCCGUCAUAUGGGAUGUGUUUCUGUGGUUGGGGUACGUCAACUCCUCACUAAACCCUUUCCUGUACGGUUUCUUCAACCGUUCUUUCCGAAGGGCAUUUUUCAUGAUCAUGGGCUGCAGAAUAUGUCUACACGGCUCAGUCCAAGGUAUGGACCUCUCUCACUCGAAAAGGGAUGCCAACGAGCGCACAGAGAACCAGUAGCUGAGGUUUACUUGCAUACAUGCAUAUAAAAAAUCUGGGUUUUUAUUUUUGUAUAAACUCUCCAAAUUUGACCAAAGUUGUUUCUGUGCUUAUUUGUUAUUAUGUGAGGUUGCAACAAAUUAAAUGUUGUUUAUUCUGAGAUACUACAGUAACCCCCACAGGAAACUUUUAAGGUGACAACAUGAUUAAUGAUAAACCGCAUGCAACUUCGAUGGUGGAUCGUACUUGUAUAAAUAUGUUUGUUUUCUUCCG